UGACGAGUCUCGUCAAAUUAAAAAUAACAGUGCUGUACAAUCUCUCUGAAUAGGGUUCGAAUCUCCGUAAUGGUGUAGCCAUUAACAAAAUCGAACUCGAAGGCCGACUAGGGUUCGAAUCUCCACAAGCUAACAAAAAUUGGAAUUUACGGAGCAUUAGGAACCAGAAGAGUAGCAAUGGAAGAGCAUCAUCAUCCAGUGGAAGUGGUGGAGCCUCCGGUACCGGCAGCAUCCACUAGCACUGGCGGCAAGAGGGGGAAGAGGAAGCAACCAGUGGCUCGGCAGAAGAAGGAAGCGCCGGGAAGAGCUAAGAAGAAGCCGGGGGGAGCUUCGGCCGACGAAGAGCAACCUACAGGUCGCUUAGAUGGCGUCGGGAUUAAGGUUUUGGAGUUUGAUCAUUGUGCUGAGAAUCAUUUUAGAGCCAUGGAUACAAUUGCCGAGCUCUGUGGCGAGGCAGAGGACGGCGAUGGCGGAAUUGACGAAAGUGACAUUCAGCGGUUUUCAUCGUCCGCCUUUUUCUUAAGGGAAUGGAGGUUCUAUAAUUAUGAACCGAAGACCGUCAAGUUUGCUAGCGACCUGAGAGGCUCUGAGGGUAAGGAUGGUGACAUCACGAUAAACUUACCACAGUUUUCUUCUGCUGCUGUUCUAAAGAAUGGAACACCGUCUGGAGCCGCUACAUCUCUGGACUGGAGAAACUUUGUCAUGUAUGUUGGUGGGCCUGUUUGGGCUUUAGAUUGGUGUCCUCAAGUUCUUGAAAAAACUGAUGCCCUUAUCAAAUGUGAGUUUAUUGCUGUUUCUGCUCAUCCACCUGGCUCUUCUUAUCACAAGAUGGGUACCCCACUCAUAGGAAGAGGUAUGGUGCAGAUAUGGUGCUUAGUGCAUGGAACUGAAAACCAUGAACCAGAGCCGGCCUAUGCAACGAAGUGCAAAUCGAAGCCUAAAAAAGAUGAGGUAUCAUCAGAUUUAUCAUCUCAACCAAAGAGGCCUAGAGGAAGGCCACCAGGAACUAAGAAAAAGGGGGCAUCAGACUUGCCAUCUCAACCAAAGAGGCCUAGAGGAAGACCUAAAAAGAAACAAGAGGGAUCCAAUGAUAACAUGGGUGACAAUAAUCAAAUUGUUCAGUCCCUUUCUGUUGAAUACCCGGCUGGUUCAUCCAACUUGCUUGAGAUUGAUGGCGACCCCAAAAAUUCUGAAGAACUUCUAUUACUGGGAAAUAGUGUUGAAAGACAGAAGAGUACAUUACAAGCAGUUUCUACAUGCAAUUCUAAGGAUGAAGGUCCUGCGCAGAAGAGAAGAGUGAGAAGAAAAGUUGGGACUAAGAAUCAUAUUGAUGACAUGGGAACAUUACCAUUUACAGUAAAUCGAGAAGAUGGAUCCUCUACUAUCAGUUUUCAGGAAAAUGAGAAUGUUAUAAGUGAAUAUUCUGGAGAAGAUACUCUUUUAUGUAAUAAUAUUUCAAAGAAUGCUGAAUUUUCUAUUCCAGAGAGUGUUGCUUUGCCUAGAGUAGUGUUGUGCUUAGCUCAUAAUGGAAAGGUAGCAUGGGAUUUGAAAUGGAAGCCAUCUAAUGCGUGUACUACCAACUGCAAGCACCGAAUGGGCUACCUUGCUGUCUUGCUGGGCAACGGAUCUCUAGAAGUCUGGGAGAUUCCUUUUCCUCACGUAGUGAAAGCCAUCUAUUCUAAAUUCAAUAGGGAGGGUACAGAUCCUCGCUUUGUGAAGUUGAAGCCUAUUUUCAGGAGCACGAUGUUGAAAAGUGCAAAUAUACAGAGCAUCCCUCUGACUGUGGAAUGGUCGUCAACACCUCCCUAUGAUUAUCUAUUUGCUGGAUGCAAUGAUGGAACAGUUGCCUUGUGGAAGUUUUCUGCAAAUAGUACCUGUGAAGAUACGAGGCCUUUACUUCGUUUUAGUGCAGAUACAGUUCCAAUAAGACGGGUUGCAUGGGCACCAAAUGAAAGCGAUCCAGAAAGUGCAAAUGUGGUGCUUACUGCUAGUCAUGGAGGUUUAAAAUUUUGGGACCUAAGGGAUCCUUUCCGUCCUUUGUGGGACAUUCAUCCAGCACCCAGGAUGAUAUAUAGUCUGGAUUGGCUUCCUGAUCCUAGAUGCGUUAUUUUAUCCUUUGAUGAUGGAACAUUGAGACUUCUCAGUCUGCUAAAGGCUGCAUACGACGUUCCAGUAACUGGUAAACCCUUCACAGGGACAAAACAACAAGGCUUACAUAGUUACUAUGGUUCAUCAUUUGCUAUCUGGAGUGUUCAAGUGUCACGGCAGACAGGCAUGGUUGCAUAUUGCAGUGCCGAUGGAGCUGUUCUCCGUUUCCAGCUUACUACGAGAGCAGUUGAGAAAGAUCAUUCACGUAAUCGAACCCCACAUUUCAUAUGUGAAUACUUAACUGAGGAGGAAUCGGCUAUUACAAUCCACUCUCCAGCCUCAGGUGUUCCAUUCCCUUUGAAGAAGGCAUCCAACAAAUCCGACCUGCCACUGUCCUUUCGAGCUAUUCUAUCUGAUUCAAUUGAGUCAAAUGAAGGAAAUCACAAGACGGCCACAGCAACUGCAUCGGAAAAUGAAGCAUUAGCCAUUUACCACGACAAUGAUGUCAGCGUUGAUUCUGGAUCUGAGGAUACACUGAUGUCCAUGAAGAAGAAAAACCAAACUCAAUCAAAGUGCAAGAAGAAGGAAGUGGAUAGCCAAGCACUGGAAUGUAGCGACGAACCUAAUGAUGCACAGACAAAAACCGAUGAAUUGCCUGGUUCGGGGGAUAAUUUUGAAACUUUCCCUCCAAAAUCAGUUGCAUUGCAUAGAGUGAGAUGGAACAUGAACACAGGGAGUGAGAGAUGGUUGUGCUAUGGUGGAGAAGCUGGAAUAAUACGUUGUCAGGAGAUUGUGUUGUCUGACUUCGAUAAGAAGUUGAUGAGGAAGAAGUGAAAUUUGUUUAAAAGGAGCUGCCGUUCACGAACCGAGUCGUGCUUUUGCACAAUUCUUUGUACAGUGGUAAGAUCUGGUUUGUUUCUGUUGCUUAGAGGGAAGCAAAUUCUAAUCACAAGAAUUGUCAUCGCGAUCAAGUCACCCUGUCGUUCAUCCACGAGGAGGCCAAAUUAUAGGAGCUGACAAAAUAAUAACAGACCAUGACCUUGGGAUAACUGAAGAUCAUUAACUGUAUAGUUUGUGGAAGUUGAUAAAAAGGAAUUCAAGAACCAACAGAUGAAUUUGCUUCAUUUUCAGGUUCAGUUUAAAACGGAUGUCCAUUUUUAUUCCCAGGAAUUGAACCUCAGCAAGUCAUGGUGAAAAAAACUGUAUCUUUUAGCUGACAAAUAUUCUAGAAUAAGUAGCUUGGAGCUCGGGUUGUCGGGUUUAGAACGUCGUGGACAGUUUGGCCACAAGCUCAGCUUCUCUGAUUAGGCUGCCAUCAGGGCUUGAUUAUCUAAUGAUUAGAUUUGUUUCAUCUUAGGAACUCUACUUUUGUUUUUACCUCGGUAUUUAAUCUGUUUUUUCAACUUUUGUUUACAAUAAAUAUAUUAGUUAUGUAAAUUAACUUUGGAUAUUGUUUCCUUCCCCCCCUAGACUUGUACUAUAUUUUAGAAAU